AUGUCGGAAAAGGCAAAGGGCAUCGUCUCGUUGCGCAAGAAGAAGACGACCAAACGUCCCCAGAUCAGUGCUCCCCGACAAAUAGUCUCUGCCCAACCCGACGACUCGACACCCUCGUUGCACCCCCCACCGCUCCAACACAGACCCUCCUCGGACACUGCCCCUCGCAACAACAGCCAGAGCAGCCAGGCCAGUCAACCCGGGCCCCGUCCGAGGCCGUCGUUGGGAGGUCCUGACCGUACUGCCGACUUGGUCAAGCGCCGCUACUCGACUCGCUUCGCCAAUUACCCCCAAGAAGCCGAACGCGCUCCCUCGGUCCCAAACAUCCCCCACCACCUCGCCCAAUCGCGUCCGGAUCGCUCUCCCGACCGUCGUGCCGCACCUGGCGAACCCAUCAGAGUCGAUGUCAAUGCCUUGCGUGAUCCCCAUCUCCAACCUGACCAAUAUGUGAGCAUUCUGCUGCAAGAUGCCUCCGAGGCCGAUAUCCACGCCUACCAGCAGGAGCUGUGCAAGCUCAAGAAUCGCACCUCGACCGACCUGCAACAUAAUGUCUACCAAAAUCGUACCCAAUUCAUCCACAUCUCCAACGAGGCCGACAAGCUCAAGUCCGAGAUGCACACCCUCCGAGCUCUCAUGUCAGAACUCACCGGCGUCCUAUCUCACGCAACCUCUGCUGGCUCGAGCCAGGAGGACCAGACUGCCCAACAGAAUCGGAAGCGUCAAAAUCGCAGCAGUGUUGCCAAUCUAGAAGCGUUGUGGUCCACCCAUCUACAAGCCAUGUGGAAGCGUGUCGAAGGUUCUCAGAAGUUCCUUCCCGCUGUACCCGGCCGUCAUAUAGUCUACGAGUCUGGCCGCUGGCUCGAAUUGAACGCUGCCACCUGGAAACCUCGUCGCCGUGUCCAUGUCAUCCUCUUGAACGACCAUCUACUGUUGGCCAGUGAAAAGAAACGUUUUGACCCACCUGGAAUGAAUGCUAGUCCUCAAAGUAAACGUGCUUCGGUUUAUCAGCAGACUCAAACACAGACUCAGCUCGUCGCUGAGCGAUGUUGGCCGCUCCAGGAUAUCCAAAUGACCGACAUAUCUACACGCGCUACCGACGAUCGACAUAAUAUUACCACCGCUCUCAGUGUGCGUAUUGGAAACGAGUCUUGGACACUAGCAUCAUCCAGCGCUUCUGAUGCUGGCCAGGAAGUGAACACCUUGCUUGUCCACUUUCGCAAAUCUGUCGAAGACCUACGCAAGACCAUGGCUGCAGACCAAGACCAUCGGGAUCGUGCUAUGGACGAACUCGCUUUUCUCACAGGUCAAUCUCGUUUCUACAAGAAGGCUUCAUCUCAAAGUACAGACAACUCCGCCCUAAACUCGUCCUCAACGCUCAUUGAUGUCGAUGGCAAACAACAGACUCUACGUUGGGUCGAGAACCAGGUAGAUGCAUUAGAUCUCGGCAUAGCAUUGCAACAUUUCGAUGAUGCUGUCGCCUUGAGUGAGAAGCUGCGCAAGCUCGCAAGAAACAUCAAGGGAAACAAUGUUGCUCAAGACAUCAUUCUUUCAAAGGUAGACCAGCGCAAUGCCAAGUUGGCUACUAUGCUGGCCAGGCGGCUCAAGGAUACCAACUCUGGUGCAGCGGCUACCAAGGAAAACGUGGGUUGGCUGAUGAGGCUCGGGUUUGAAGAGACAGCUCGCUCUGCCUACUUGGAAUCUCGUAAGGAGGUUCUCCGAAAACGAGCAAGGCAAAUCCCUUUCACCGGAUCUCUCCCACCACAUUUGACUGCGCUUUCUUACGUCACGUUUGCGAUCAUCCUGCAUACGCUCCGAACUUUCUCGUCCUCGUUCCCUCCAACCUCGUCAUCAGCAGUAGUCAAGUGGGCCAAAGAGCGAAUCGACGAGUUCAAUGAAAGCUUGAGUCGUCAGCUCAGCAGUGUGGAAAAAGGAAGUCCCUUGUGGAAUGAAUGUAUCGACGUUGUCCGAGAGCAGGCUGCUGUCCUGGGUGAGGCUGGUGUGGAUUUCUCAGGUCUCAUCGCACAAGGCCUCACCCAGCAAACAUGA